AUGCUCAGUGCGGCGUCGCGCACGCGCUCUCCGUAGCUUCCCUUGACCUUUGACCCGCCUGCCGCCCUUGAGCCGGCCGCAGAGCUUGGAAGACGGAUCCCGCGCUCCCGAGGCAGAGCGGCGGUCAUGGCCAAGUACCUGGCCCAGAUCAUUGUGAUGGGGGCACAGGUGGUGGGCAGGGCCUUUGCCCGGGCCCUGCGGCAGGAAUUUGCAGCCAGCAGGGCAGCAGCUGAUGCCCGGGGACGUGCCGGACAUCAGUCUGCAGCUGCCUCUAACCUGUCUGGCCUCAGCCUUCAGGAGGCACAACAGAUUCUCAAUGUCUCCAAGUUGAACCCUGAGGAGAUCCAGAAGAACUACGAACACCUAUUCAAAGUGAACGAUAAAUCUGUGGGCGGCUCCUUCUACCUGCAGUCAAAGGUGGUCCGAGCCAAGGAGCGCCUGGAGGAGGAGCUCCGAAUCCAGGCCCAGGAGGACAGAGACAAAGAGCAGAGGCCCCAAACGUGACCACUUGGCUCUUCCCACCCACCCCACCCUCUACCUCUAAUUUAUAGCUCGGUAAUAAAUGUCUUUUCUGCA